UAAAGCAAAAAAUAUCUCCCUCUUUCUCUGUUUGGUUCCCGAGUUAAAAAAAAAAACUCAGUCAAAUUCAAAAUCUUUCUCAGCAGCCAAACAGAGUCUGUUUUGUUUAAGAUGUCUUUGGUUCUAAACCACAUCGCCUCUUCUUCCUUCUCUUGUUUCUCCAAAAUCUCAAGCCUUAGAAAUCGCCCGAGAACCAGCUAUGGUAGAUAUACGAUGGCCAUCAAUAAGGCAACCGGAAAUAAGGAUCUUUGCAAAGAUUUUGAAUCUUUGAAAGUUCCUUCUAUUAUAAAUACUAUAGCAGUGGCAAAUUUGCUUGCAAUUGACUCUGCAAUGGCUUUAAGUGAAGAUAAAAUCUUGGAAGGAGUAGCUUCUCUUUAUACGUUGGCUGAUGGAAGUCCUGGAGAUUGGUUUGGAGGCCUACUAUAUUCAGCUGGCCAGCAGGCUAAUGAAGCUGUUCAGGGCCAAUUAUCAGCUCUUAGUUUCACUAGUUUGGCUGUUAUUUUUGGGGCUGGUCUUGUAACAAGCCUUUCUCCAUGUACACUAAGUGUUCUGCCAUUGACGCUUGGUUAUAUUGGUGCAUUUGGCUCUGGCAAGGGCAGAACUGAGAUUGUUGUGAACUCUCUGGCUUUCUCAUUAGGAUUAGCGACUACACUAGCACUCCUGGGCAUUGGAGCCUCCUUUGCUGGGAAGGCAUAUGGACAAAUAGGGCAGGGGUUGCCAUUGGCGGCUUCUGGUUUGGCUGUUAUUAUGGGUCUCAAUCUACUUGAGGUCAUUGAAUUACAACUUCCCUCUUUCUUUAACAAUUUUGACCCUCGUGCUGCAGCCGCCAAUUUCCCAUCGAGUGUGCAAGCAUAUUUAGCUGGGCUUACAUUUGCAUUAGCUGCCUCACCUUGCAGCACACCAGUGCUGGCCACGUUGCUGGGAUACGUAGCCACAUCCAAGGAUCCAAUAAUUGGAGGCAGCUUACUCUUGACAUACACAACUGGCUAUGUUGCUCCCCUACUUCUUGCUGCUUCUUUUGCCGGAGCAUUGCAGAGUCUGCUAUCCUUCAGGAAGUUCUCAGCAUGGAUCAACCCAGUGAGCGGUGCACUUCUACUGGGUGGAGGUGUCUAUACUUUUCUGGAUAGGCUUUUCCCAGCCAACAUGGCAAUGUAAAAGGUUUAUUCCCUUGUGAUAGAUAUACUCUGAACAAACUGUAACACAACAAGCAUAGACAAAUACAAAAAUAAAUGCUAGAAAGUGUUUGCAUUUCCUAUUCUUUUACCUCUUGUACAUGUUCUUUAGCAUAAAUCUAUGAUCACAUUCACAUC